GUGCUCAGCUGAAACAGAUUGUUUCUUGUAAGAGGUAUAUUUGCCGUCGUCUUCAGCAGCACCGCCAUCCGACAUACACAGCUCCGUUCUGUGCACCAGGGUCCCGUCUCCGCCGCUAACCCCGUCCCCCGUCCCCGGCCAGCCCUCUCUACGUUGCGGAUUACCUACUUUUCUAAUCAUUGAACCACUGCAAAAGUUAAACGAGUCACAGAGCUACACAAGUACACAAGUACAGAAAUAGAGAAAAACACACCCAAAAACAAAAGUAAGAACAGCACGACCACAAGAUGCAAAACAAGCCUUUUCCAAAAGUACAGUCCGCCCAGGGCUCCUACAGCAACAACGGCGGCAACGGCAGCCAGAACGGCCCGAACGCCAUUCUUUCGCCCACCGAGUACGACGCCGCAAACAAGCACAUGAAGGACCGCUUCAUCUACGCGCUGGCCAACUCCCUCGGCACAAAGAUCACUGUCACCACCGCCAACAGCGACAAGAUCACGGGCAUCCUCCAGUCGAUCUCCGACGUCAACGACACGAUCCCCUCGCUCAUCCUCAAAUAUCCGACGAGGGCCGGCCACGUCUACGAUGACGAGUUCCUGAUGAUACCCGAGUCCUCCAUCUCCAUGAUGACGUGCGAAAACCUCGACUUCACCCCAAAGGCCUCCGCUUCUUCCGCUUCCGCCUCUGCCUCGGUUGCCUCCUCUACCUCGUCCUCCUCUGCCCACAACCAUUCCGCGGCACGGAGAGGCUUCAGGAUUGACACAGACAUCUCCAGCAACGACACGUACAGGGAGCGUGAGCGGGACCUCCAGAAGUGGGUUCCCGAGGAAGACGACUCUACCAGCCUCGGCGCAGCCUUGGAGGAGGAAAAGUUUUCCGACGCCAACAAAUGGGACCAGUUCAAAACGAACAAGGACAAGUUUGGCAUCGAUGCCAAGUUCGACGAAAAUGACUACACCGUCAAGCUGAAUGUCUCCAACCCGAAGUUCAAAGAGAGAAUGAAGUUCGCCGAAACCGUCUCCAGGGAAAUCCUGUCCCAGAGCUCGAACGGUAACCUGCACAUCGCCGAAGAAAGAGGCAAGCUAGUAGACGCAGAAAACAUCGACGAAGAGGACAAGUACUCCGGUGUGCUGAGAGACAACGCGGAGUCGGAGAAGAAGUUGAUGAACAUGUUGAAAACCAACAAGCCAGACUCCUUUUCCAAGCCUGCUCCUGCUGCUGCUGCUGCCGCUGCUGCCUCAACUACUGUUGCAGCCCCAUCAAACAAGUUGUCUGGUCAAUACAUUCCUCCUAAUCAGCGGAAUGCCCAAACCCAGAAAGACGUUUCUUCGACAGCAGGUACUAAACGUUUGCCACAGGCACCCGUGAGUUCCACUACCCCGGUUGCUACAACUCCGUCCGCUGCAGCAACCCCAGUCCAGCUUCCAGAGAAGCCGGCAACGACCCAACAGACCAAGGACACUUCUAAAAAAUCGGCAAACAACGAGCCUGCCCCAUCUGCAAAGAAGAGCGCAGCCGCAGUACCAAAAAAGCCGGCUGCCAUUCCGGCAACUUUGACUCUCUCUGCUCCGUCCACCACAUCAACCAUCCCCACUAAUUCGGCUAAUUCAUCUACAUCUACCGCAACUCCUGCAACUUCAACCACUCAGCAUGCCCAAAAAUCUCAAACCCAAGCUCAUCAACCAGGAACUCAAACGCCCCAAUUGUCGACACAGCAAAAUGGUGUUCCUUCGAAGCAAAAGUCACCACAACUUCAGAAACAGAACUUUACCGAUCCUACCUUAGAUCAAAAUCAGAAUCAAAACCAACAUCAGCAACAACCACAUCAACCACAUCAAUCCCAUCAGCCCCAUCAAAUCCAUCAACAGCACCAGCAUCAACAAGGUAUUCCUCAACAGCUGCCCCCACAAAUGCAGCAGCAGCAGCAGCAACAACAACAUAUGAUGAGAAACCAACAGUUUGGGUAUCAACCUCGUAGUAACAUAGGAAGCCAACAGCAAUACGGAUCGCCUUCGAUGCAGUACAGAAACCACCACAACGGGUCAAAUCACAGUAGUAGUCAAUACAACCAAAACUAUGCCAACAGCAAUAAUGUGAACGCCAAUGCUAACCAAAGGAUGAAAAAAUCAUCGCCACAAUUCUUAUUCUCACAUCGUCCUAGUGAUAAAGCACCAAGGGGCUCAGUAUUAAAAGACAGAUUUAAUAUCCUCCUUUCGGCAAAGAAAGAGUACAAAUCGAACAGUGCAAACGUCACCAUUGACAUAAUACCUAUGGUGCCAAGCUUUCAUACCUCACCAAGUUGGCCGGAAACGACAAGUGAGUCUUACUCCGAAAUAUUCACGAAGGAGAACAAUUCUCACCCAAACAUGCACAUGCAACAAUCUGUAUACAUGCACCCACAGGCUUAUCCCCAGAAUCACCAGCCUUACAUGGGUUUCCAAGUUCAACCUCCAUACUACUUUCCUAUAGUUCCAUCAUAUCCAGUUUACCUGCCUAAUGUGGCCUUCCCUAUGAUGGGAGGCAAUCAGGGUAUGGAUAAAGUUUAUCCAAACCAUGCCAGACAUGGUAAUAAUUACUAAUCCUAUCCUUCACAACAUAUAUUUCUCUAAUAUGUAUCAUUUAUGUCAUCAUUCUAUAAAAUAACAUUUUCCGUAAAAAAAAGUCCAUAGUAC